AUGGAAGGUGGCAACAACGGACCCACUUCAAAAGAACUUUUGUUCUGCAGUGGAGACGAAGAAUCGAAGCUCUUCGUUGCUGAUGGAAAGGACAGAGUAAACCCGAAGCCACCACAGAUCUCCCGACUCCCACCGAGUGCAUUGCUGGCACAGGCACGCUCCUUCUUGCCGAUGCUCGCAGCGGCCAAUGCCAAGCUGGAACAGACGCUGGCAGAGAACCCUGGUAGCCUUGACAUCGAAAACGUCGAAGAGGGCAAGCCCUACGACCUGGCCAUGAUUGGAGAGAAGAAGGAUGGCGAGUCCAGCGACAGUGAGGAUGACAGCGACGACGAUGAUGAUUCCAAAUCGGAGAGCAACGAGGAGGCCAACGAAGAGGAGGAAGCGGGCGAGAAGGAGGAGGAGACCACCAAGGCACCAGCACAGCGAAGGAAGCCAAUCGAGGAGAUUGGAGGCGAAGAAGAAGAGCAAGGCGAGAAGGAGAUGGAAGAGUAA